AACUGGCAAGUUGGUUCUCGGCUUUGCACUUCCCAUACUACGUUAGUAUCCUGGCACGUCGUUACUAGCAUAGGCAACGUUCUUUAGAGCGCCUUCGCACGCAGACGAGCCUGCUAGUCGUCAAGAUCAAACGUAUAAGUAUUGCAGAGAGUUAGGUAUCGCGGACUGAGCGAUUAUCAUUAGAUUAUCAUUAGAUUAUUAUUCAGCGAGGAAUCUCGGAUGGCGGAGUCGGGGGGUGCUGCCGCGCCAUCCGCACCCGAGGCGUCGGGCGUGGAGUCGUCCAUGGUGCGCCUCGCGGUGGCGGACGCGGCGGACGGGAAGCCCGCAGGUGGCGGCGGUGGUGAGGCGGAGGAGCUUGUUGACGCGGAGCAGACGGAGGUGGUGCUGUUCCGCCUCGACGAGUGCUACGUCUACAAGAUCCCUCCGCGCAAGACCGCAGCGUCGCACAGGGCGGACGAGUGGAACAUCAACAAGUGGGCGUGGGAGGGCGCCAUCACCGUGGCGUCGCGUGGCGACGACUGCACCAUCCGGCUGCACGACCGCGGCACCAGCGAGCUGUUCGCCCAGGCGCCCGUGCGCCCCGACCAGCCGCUGCCGGUGGAGGCGGUGAUCGACAGCAGCCGCUUCUUCGUGCUGCGCAUCGAAGACUCCUCCCCGCCCGCCGCUCCCCCUGCCUCCGCCUCUAACAAGGCCGGCAAGGCAGCAGCGGCAGCGGCAGCGGCAGCGGCGCCCUCGGUGGUGCGGCAUGCAUUCAUCGGGCUGGGGUUCCGCGAGCGCACGGCGGCGUACGACUUCCAGGCGGCGGUGUACGACCACGUGAAGUACGUCAACAAGCAGCGCGAGGCACGGCUCAUGGGGCAGGCAUACGACUCCAAGCCCGCCGCCGACUACCGCCUCAAGGACGGCCAGAAGCUGCACCUCGACCUCAAAACGCCGUCGCUGAGGGCGAAGCCUUGUACGGCGGGGCUGCCCCUGUCGCCCACCACGCCCGGUAAUGUGGCCUUCAAGCCGCACUCCAUCCUCGCAAGCCAUGCGCCCACUGCACCUGACGCGCCCUCCCCCAUGCGCCAAGCAUCAGGGGAGCACGCUGAUGCUGCGCCCUCCUCCCCUGACGCCGCCGCCACCACCGCUGCUGCCAGGAGCAGCAACAGCUCGGACUCCAGCAGCUCUGCUGCCGCCACCCCCCCCAUCCUGCCUCCCCCGCCCCCUGCGCGCCUCUCCUCCCCGCCCUCCACCUGCUUCUCCUCGCCCUCCUCCGCCCUCGCCUCCGCCCCCUCGUCCGCCUCCCCCUCCAUCGCCUGGGCCUUCCAGUCCGACUCCCCUCCCCCCCCCGCACCCCAACCUGUGGGGUCUGCAGCGCCAGCAUCAGCAGAGGCAGCAGCGGGCGGCGGUGCGGGUGAGGGGGCAGACGACACGGACGACUUUGGGGACUUCGUGGCGGCGUGAGCAGGUGGCUGUGGCCUGGACCAUUCCUGACUGAGCCUAGGUUAUUCGCCCGUGUUGACCUGCUGUGAUCCGCUGGAUGGUCUUCAAUUAGCAACACGGAAUCUCACAUGAAGCAAGGCUGCUGCUAUGCCAUGGCAUCACAAGGUGUCAACCGGGCAAGCUUGUCAACUGGACACUGAGCACUGAUCACUCGUUUUACAUGACAUUCUUGUAUACAUGACCACCACAAAAUAAACCAAUUGGGUGUAGUCGUACAUUGAAA